ACGUCAAAUACAAGAUGGAUGGAAUCACGACAGCAACACGCUCAACACAUUUCUAAAAAGAAAGUGGUAUUUCAGUGCUGCCUGGGAAUACGGCAAAAAUAUUGGCUAGAAUGGACAACUUGGUUCACUACAGUAACCCAGCGCAUGCCAUCUCGCUGCUGAGCAUCCUCAAUGAGCAGCGUCUACGGGGCCAGCUGUGUGACAUUGUGCUGGUGGUGGGGGACCAGCGGUACCAGGCCCACCGGAGUGUCCUGGCCGCCAGCAGUGAGUACUUCCAGUCUCUCUUCUCCAGGAGGGACUCGGAGCACCGCGCCAUGGUCCAGCUGGACUUCUGUGAGCCUGACGCCUUUGAGCUGGUCCUCAACUACAUCUACUCUUCCUCCCUGUUUGUGGACAAGGGCAGCCUGGCUGCCAUCCAGGAGCUGGGCUACAGCCUGGGCAUCCCUUUCCUGACCAACAUCAUGGCCAUGAGGCCGCAGGUUUCAUACUGCAUCUCCAGAAAAAGGGUGUCCUUUACAGAUGAGGAUGAUGGCGGCUAUCAGCAAAGGAGUGUCAUCGUACGUCAGAGCCGCGGCGAAGCCGCUGGGGUUGGUGGUGCUCAUAGCCAGGGUUCAAGCUUGCUUAAGUCACUGAAGCACGGCCCUUACUCGGCCUCUGAGGAGGAAGCCUUAGCCAUGUCGGUUAAAGAACAAAGCCAGGCCUCUCGACUGCGUCGAGGUAAUGCAGUCGAGAGGAGCGGUGACUUUACAGAUCGUAAUCCCAGCAGGUCCUCGGACGACAAGUCCAUCAGCUCGGCCACUCCAUCCAUCAUGAAGGGACGGUCAGCUCAGAGCACUAAUACAUCUGUAAGACCUCAGCUGACCUCCUCUGUAUCUUUCAGUGAGUCCCAGAUACAGCAUGCGAGUUUACUGCCGGAUUCCAGUGUUGACCCUGGAGAGGAACAACCAGAGCCCCAUUACAGCCCCAAAACGUCCAUCUCGGGCCAGCAGACGGAGCGACACCCACCUGUGGACCGCAGCGGACCCCUCAUUAAAAGCCUGUUGCGGAGGUCCUUGUCCAUGGACAGCCCCGUUCCUAUCUUUUCCCCAGCGCUGGAGCUCAAAGACUCACAGAACAGGGAGCACUCUGUGGUGAAAAUGGCCACAAAGACGAGCAUGACGACGCCGUCGUCCGCUGACCAGAAACACCAGGGGUCACAGGACGUUCCAUCUUUGAUUCUCAGGGCCAGACACCACAACAUGUACGAGAGGGGGGGCGGUCAGGGAACAGACGUCCACGUGAAAACCGAGCCCAGCAGUCCACUGGCUGACCCCUCUGAUAUUAUACGUAUUACGGUAGGGGAUAAUCUACCUGUCAACCUCAGAGACCUGCAAAUAAACUUUGAUGAGAACCCAAAAGGUUACUUUAACCAUGCUGGAAAACGCAGGGCAAGGAUGGAUAACUUGAGUAAUCCGUACAAGCGGUCUCGGAUGGUGAAUGAACACCAUUUCGCACACAAGGACACUGGACCAGCUAAUGUACAGAGCACCUCAAACGCGGAGGAUGGCAGUGAAGAGCCGGGUGAGUUAAGACCAAACAAGAUGUUUAAAUGCUGGAACUGUUUAAAGAUCUUUCGAUCGAAUGCGGGUUUGUAUCGGCACGUGAACAUGUAUCACAACCCAGAGAAACCGUACGCCUGCGACAUAUGUCACAAGCGCUUUCACACCAACUUCAAAGUGUGGACCCACUGCCAGACACAGCACGGCGUGGUGCAGAACCCGGCAGCGUCCUCGAGCUCAUACUCGGUGCUGGACGAGAAGUUCCAGAGGAAGCUGAUCGACAUUGUGCGCGAGCGUGAAAUCAAGAAGGCCUUGAUCAUGAAGCUCAGGAGAAACAAACAGAAUCUACAGGCUCAGCCCUUUGCCAAAAAGAGUCUGCGGUCAAGGUCGACCUAUGUCUGCCCCUACUGCGGGAAGAUGUUCUGGUUCCAGUCGCAGUUCAGGCAGCACCUGAAAAUGCACCCAGUAGAGAACGACAACCCUCAGAUAGACCGAGGAGUUGAGUCUGCGGAGAACCAGAACCAGAUGGCUCACUUGAAAGAAAACCAAAGCAAGGACGUAUACCCUUGCAAGCUUUGCAAUGCAAAGCUCUCCUCUCCCAUGGAGCAAGGGGACCAUGAGAGGGGCUGCCGACACGCCACUGUCUGUCCAUACUGUGGCCUGCGCUUCUCUAGCCCCUCGGUCAAGAGGGACCACGAGGCCCACUGCGACUACAAGAAGCUCACCUGCCUGGAGUGCAUGCGCACCUUCAAGUCCUCCUUCAGCAUCUGGCGCCACCAGGUGGAGGUGCACAACCACAACAUGAUGACCGUCCGGGAGCAGUUGUCGCUCGGCCAGCAGGAGAACCAUGGGCAGGACGAUGAUGACGACGACGGCGGCGACGCUCCGCCUCGGGGACCGCACCUUCCGCAGCACCACCAGGAGUCGUUGGGCGACAACAUGAGGAAGGAGGCCUUCUACCGCGACUCCUCUUCGCUGCCCAUGUUCGACUCGGAGGACUCGUCGUACAUGCCCGAGGACCUCAGCAUGGGCUCUCAUGGCGAGCACGGCGAGCUGCAGGUGAAGGAGGAGCCCCUGGAGGAGGCGGUGAGCGAGAGGGAGAGUGCAGCCGCUGGGAGUGCUGCUGCUGCUGCUGCUGCCGCCGCAUCGGACGAGCCAGGCGUGUGGCCGUGCGAGAAGUGUGGCAAGCUGUUCAGCUCGCACAAGGACCUGGAGCGCCACCAGGAGCUGCUGUGCCACAUCAAGCCCUUCAUCUGCCACAUCUGCCACAAGGCGUUCCGCACCAACUUCCGCCUCUGGAGCCACUUCCAGUCCCAUGUGUCCACGGCGGACGAGCCCUCGGCCGCCAGGGAGAUGGAGCGUCGGGAGAUGGAGCUCCAGGCGUCGUCGCCAUCCCCCUCGCCACCGCUGUCCAUCUCCGUCUCGCCGACCAACGCAGCGGCUGCGUCCGUCGCUGCCUCUGAGGAGGAGGAGCCGGGCGGCCCCGUCGCCACGCCGGCCAAUAUCCCGGGGCCUGAGCAGGAAGGAGCCGGCGACGACGGACCCUCCUUGUCCAAGCCGGACGGCGCAGAGACAUCUCUCAGCCCUCAGGAAUCCGACACGCUGUUCUACCACGCGCCCACGCUCUCUGCUCUCACCUUUAAGAGGCAGUACAUGUGCAAGCUGUGCCACCGGACCUUUAAGACGGCAUUCAGCCUGUGGAGUCACGAACAGAGUCACAACCGCCUGUGACAGCAGCACCACCGAUGACCUGCAGUGCCAGAUUGGAUGGUUGACACGGAAGCAAGAUCAGAUUAUCAUGUGAUUUGUUUGUUGUGUAACUUUACACUUAGUCAUGUCGGGUCUGGCUAUUUAUUUGAUCCUCUAAUUUUGUGGAGCUUUAAAGAAUCAUUGGUUGUUA